CGAGAGCAAGUGGGACCUUUACAGCCAACCACUUGACGAUGUCAAGGUAUUCAAGGUCUUGAAUAACCGUGCGUGACGCCACCGAAACAGGUAUAUAUGUGGGCGGCUUCUUAAAUUACAGAACAGGUUGUUAUGUCAUUGUGACAAAGAACUGAUAUCAGUGAGCAAGCACAUUACAGGGGAGGAAAACCUGUACCUGUUUGGGGGUUUAGGCGAUCCGGAAAUACACAUCUGCUGGUCGCGUCACUGAUGAAUCUGUUCAUUUCGUUUAUUCACGUCAGAUAUUACCUUAUCAACGAUAACUCAUGAAGUUGUGCAUUGAUGCAUACAAACAACGAGUGAAGUAACAGGCUGUACGUCACUUAGGCUCUGAGUCUCUACCUGGCAGCCACUCUACCUGGCAGUUCACAGAAGGUUUGAUGAUGUCAGACUCUGAUCUAACUGAUAAUGGCCCCAAAGAUACUUCACCAUCAACCAUCGCGAUAGGGCUGGUGGAAAUGAAUAAGGACACUUCCGGCGGCGAUGCGAGACACAAGAGAGAACACUGGUCAUCUCAGUGGGACUACAUCAUGUCCAUGACAGGCUACUGUGUGGGAUUUGGUAAUCUGUGGAGAUUCCCUUACCUCUGCAACAGGAAUGGUGGAGGUGCUUUCCUGAUCCCUUUCCUGAUAUUCAUCGUCAUCGCCGCCUUGCCCGUGUUUUACCUUGAGGCGUCUAUGGCUCAGUUCUCAGGCAAAGGCGCUGUACAGACAUGGAAUUUCUGCCCUCUCCUCAAAGGUAUCGGUAUUGGAACGGUCAUCCAAGUUGCAAUUUGUCAACCCUAUUAUCAAAUCCUUCUGGCCUGGCCAAUCUACUACAUGGUGAAGUCUUGCUCCAGUGUCCUACCCUGGACAACAUGUGGUAACUGGUGGAACACAGACCUAUGUGUGGAGGACAUCUCCACUUUGAAAGGGCAUUCUAUGAACUCUACACACGUCCUGAACUACACGGACGCUGCAGGGAUCAAUGGCACUGGCACCAGCAUUGCAGAACUAUGGCGAAACAAGACCUUAUCACACACCGCUGUGGAGGAGUUCUACCAGUACAACGUCCUCAAUAUAUCAAGCGGAAUACACGAAAUCGGAUCCAUGCAGUGGCAUAUCGUGGGAUGUUUAUUUGCGUCGUAUGUGUUGAUUUUUCUGAGUCUGUUUCGAGGAAUCAAAGCUAGUGGGAAGGUUGUUUAUGUGACGGCAUUGCUACCUUACAUACUGCUGGUGGCGAUCUUCAUUAGAACCUGCAUGCUACCAGGAGCUGUUGAUGGGAUUCUGUACUACCUUAAACCUGACUUCAGCAAACUCCUCACAGGGCAGGUGUGGUCUGAGGCGUGUAUCCAGGUGUUUUACAGUCUUGGUCCAGGCUGGGGGAUUAUCAUGACAGCAUCCAGCUACAACAAGUUCCGGGAGCCCACUUUAAGGGAUGCUGUUAUUCUGUGCACUGUAUCUGAAGGAACGAGCAUAUUCGCUGGAUUUGUCACGUUUGCCAUCUUGGGUGUUAUGGCUGAAAGGAUCGGUGUCCCAAUAUUUGAAGUCGUGUCAUCGGGCCCAGGAUUAGGAUUCGUUGCCUACCCAGAAGCCCUGUCACAUCUUCCACUUCCACAGCUGUGGUCCUUCCUGUUUUUCCUGAUGUUGCUGACAGUAGGAUUAGACUCUCAGUUUAUGUUUGUUGAGCUCCUAUCAACAACGGUCAUAGAUCAGUUCCCCACAACACUCAGACACAGACGAGGCUGGGUCACAGGGGUGAUAUGUGUCAUUGCUUUUGCUGCUGGUAUCAUCAUAUGUACACAGGGUGGCCCAUACAUCAUGCAGUUACUGGAUUGGUACCUGGCAGCACUGUCGCUGUACCUCUUCUGUACCCUGGAGUGUGUGGCUGCUGUCUGGCUCUACGGUAACACUAUGUACAUCUGCAUGUGUGCAGUUAUGCUAAGUAUCAAGCAGCUGAAUGAGGACAUUGAUAUGAUGAGUGGACGUCCUCUUCCUGUUCUGGUCAAAGUCCUGUGGGGUAUCAUCACCCCGGCAAUACUGGUGAUUGUGUUCAUCACGACGAUCUCCCAAUACGAGUCUCCCACCUACGGGAAGUACACCUACCCUGUUGAGGCUACCGUGGUCGGAUGGAUGGUUGCCCUCCUUCCAGUUGUUCCAGUGAUCAUUGUCAUGAUAAAGGCUUUGAUUAAACAACACGGGUCAUUACAACAGAGACUGAUGUUGUCCCUUCGACCAAACUCUCAGUGGCGUCCAGCGGAAGACUCGCUUACAACAAGACACAAGGAAUCCCUUCUUCGCAAUAGACGAACCUUCUCAGAAAACCUACGAUAUAUUUUCAAAACUCCAACUCAAUCUAAGCGAUGAAACAUUGACUUCAGUUAAUAGUCAAUUGACGUGAUAAAACCUUGAAAUCCCAAGUUCUCUGAAGCCACCUUUUGAGUUUAGGAAAGAAGAAAACGUCAAUGAAAUGUAACUGGCAGCUACAGAUAUUUUCGACAUAUCCUCUGAUCUUCAUAUGAAACAAACAGUGACUAAUAUCAACUAUUUACCUUUCAAGCGCAUGAAGCUAUGAAACACAUUGUGAGCUUAAGCUUGUUAUCAAAUUUAAUCUGAUAUUACCUCGUGUAUAUACGACUUUCAACGGUACUCACUGUCAU